AUGAUGAAUUCUUCGUUACUUACUACUGGUUGUCGAUUAGGACCAUCAUGUAUUUCGUUACUUAAUCGAGUGGCAGCUCGUACUGCAGCUACAGCAACAUCAGCCGCUUCUGCACCAGUGACGUCAGAGUCACGUGCAAACGAGCAACCCCAAGGAACUAAAGAUACUGAAAAAAAAGUUAAAUCAGCUCGUGUGUCAAAUUCAUUUGUGUUGAAUUUAUAUCGUGGUAAUUUUCAUCCUAAUGAGUUAUUUCCAUAUCCAAAUGUACUUAAUGAAGAACAAAAGGAAAAUGUUAAAGUAUUCAUUGAUCCAAUAUGGAAAUUUUUCGAAGAGAAAAAUGAUUCUGUUAAAAAUGAUAUAAAUGAAAAAAUUUCAGAAGAAACUAUGAAUGGUUUAAAAGAACAAGGCGCUUUUGGAAUACAAGUACCUGUUGAAUAUGGUGGUCUUGGCUUGAAUAAUACUCAAGCUGCACGUCUUUAUGAAGUUGUGACAUCACACGAUCUUGCUGUUUCAAUUUGUCUUGGUGCUCAUCAAUCGAUUGGUUUCAAAGGCAUUCUUCUAUUUGGUACUGAAGCACAAAAACAAAAAUAUCUACCAAAAUUAGCUGGUGGAGAGUAUACGGCAGCAUUUGCACUAACUGAACCAUCAACUGGCAGUGAUGCUGCUUCUAUAAAAACUAAAGCUGAACUUUCAGCCGAUGGUAAAUAUUAUGUUUUGAAUGGCUCAAAAAUCUGGAUAUCGAACGGCGGUUUUGCUGAAGUAUUUACUGUAUUUGCACAAGUACCAUCAGUCGAUGAUAAAACAGGUCAAGUACAAAACAAAAUGACAGCAUUUAUUGUCGAGAGAAAAUUCGGUGGCCUUACAAGUGGACCACCUGAAAAAAAGAUGGGCAUCAAAGCAUCAAAUACAACUGAAGUUUUCUUCGAAGAUUGUAAAGUACCUGUAGAAAAUGUACUUGGUGGAGUUGGAAAUGGCUUCAAAGUUGCUAUGAAUAUUUUAAAUAAUGGUCGUUUUGGUAUGGUUGUUGGUUUAUCUGGAACAAUGAAAAUGGCUAUUCGAAAAGCCAUCGAUUUUGCUAAAAAUCGUCGUCAGUUCGGUCGCACCAUUGAUACGUAUGGUAAUAUUCAAGAAAAACUUGUACGAAUGGAAACACGACAAUAUAUUACUGAAACACUUGGAUUUCUUUUGGCUCAAAAUAUGGAUCGAGGAUCAACUGAAUAUCAAUGUGAAGCAGCUAUUGGAAAAAUUUUUGCGUCCGAGUCUGCAUGGUUUGUUCUUGAUGAAGCAAUACAAAUUCAUGGUGGAAUGGGUUUUAUGAGAGCCACUGGUCUUGAACGUGUCGUUCGCGACUUACGUAUCUUUCGCAUAUUCGAAGGUGCCAAUGAUAUUCUUCGUUUAUUUGUUGGCUUUACUGGCUUACAAUAUGUUGGUACACAUUUACGUGAAUUACAAAAUGCAGUUAAAAGCUUUAAUUUUAAUGCUAUUGUUGGCGAAGGUUCAAAACGAUUGCGCCGAAAUAUUGGCAUGUCGUCAGGUCCAAAUAUCAAUGAAUUUAUUCAUCCAUCACUUCAUCCAUGUGGUUUACUAUUGUCAAAAUCGAUCGAUCGUUUUGGUUCAACAAUAGAACAAAUUCUCAUUAAACAUGGGAAAUCAAUACGUGAUGAACAAUUUAUUGUUCACCGUAUUGGUGAAAUGACUAUUGAUUUAUUUACAAUGGCAGCGAGUUUAUCACGUUGUACGCAAUCAUUUAAACUUCAGUCACCUACAGCCGUGCAUGAAUCAAAUUUGGUCAGAAUAUGGUGCGAAGAAGCUCAUGAUAGAAUUAAUAGUACUAUUGAUACUAUUCAGAAUCCAGCGUUUACUGCAAGAACAAAAUUAAUGACGGAGAUAGCACGUGAAAUGGUUGAUAAAGAAUCAACUGUACCAGUUCACCCAUUAGGAUUUUAA